AUGGAUGUUCUCAUGACACCAGAGGAUCUCUUGAUGGAACUGGAAUGUCCAAUUUGCUACAUGUACAUAUCUGCUCCAGUGAGACAGUGCUGCAACUUGCACGCAAUGUGCGCGACAUGUUUCAAUAAAGUGGACAAAUGCCCGGUCUGUCGACAGCCAAAGAUACCAACUCGCAACCACGUCUUGGAGAAGCUGUACAGUGUGUUAGACAUCCCCUGCCAGUACCGCCACGAAGGAUGCGAUUCUAAGGUGAAAGGGAUACAUAUCAAGUCCCAUGAAGGUAUCUGCGUGUACAGAUCCGUGCCCUGUCCUUUGUCUUUCCUGCAAGACUGCCUGUGGGCAGGGCCUGAGAGUAAAAUUGAGCAACACUGUAGGGAAAGUCACUACCUGAACGUUAUUUUCGGAACAGAGGCUUCUUUAAUUGUUACAAACUUCACGGACGGUGCGAGUUCAAUGAACAUUAUCCUGAUCUAUGCCUACAACAAAUUUUUUUAUGUGUACUGGGACAUAGACAUGGAUAUUGGCGAAAUGAGGUUUUAUGUGACUUUUCAGGGAUUUUCAGAGGACAAUGAUAGGUUUUCGUACAGGAUACGUUUUAUAAGGAAGAAAAUGUCGAGGGUAGCGAGAAGUUUCUUCGGAAGGUGUAGGUCUGACGACACGUUUCUGCUGGUACCUGGUGGUACUGUUUCUAUUAACUUUGACCAUGUUAAAGACUACUGUCGCUGCGAUGGAAGCCUAGAAUUUUUCCUAAAGCUCACAGACAAUUUCGCAGAUGACAGUAAUAAAUAUUACGAAAAAAAGUGA